GGUUGAACUGCGACGACUUUUACAUCCCAGAAAUUGCAGAGAAAAUUGAUAUUAGGAAUGAUUACUUGAACUGGAUGAACAGCAGGCUUCACCCGAUGUCCAGGAGGGAGAGUCCAAUCCUGUUGUGUGAGUAUCCAUUCUUGUUCAACCCUCAGGCCAAGAUGCUGCUGCUCAGGUGUGACGCCACUUGUCAGGGCGAAUAUUUCCCAGACCACCCGGUCAUACGCACAUUCUGGGAAGUAUUUCACAAACUCUCCCUGGAGCAGAAGAAGUGGUUUUUGAAGUUCCUGACAGGCACGGACAGGGUUCAUAUUCUGGGCAUGAAGGCACUCAAGUUGAUAUAUAAUCCAAAGCACAGCAGACGACAGCUUCCUUCCGGUCGCACACACCUGCAUCGCCCAACUCAACCUGCCAAGAUACAACACCUCCUUCCGGUCGCACACACCUGCAUCGCCCAACUCAACCUGCCAAGAUACACAACACCAAAGAGAAGCUGAAAUACAAACUUCUCCAGGCCAGACAGCAGAGUGAAGGGUUCAGCCUGGUGUGAGGGGGUCAG